AUGGCCAAGAUACAACCACAACAUUGGCUGGGCAAUCUUUCAACAUCAAAGCAAUGGCGACAUUUAUUACGCGCGACACUGCGCGAGUGUACCUAUCUCCCUGAUCCCGUCGCUCGCACCUACAUGCGGGAACAUGUCCUCGACAGAUAUCGUGCAGUAUCUUCCCGUCGCUCCAAGGCUGGUCCUCAGAUGGUACAUGCGGCACGAAAUGGUCUCUCGGUUUUACGACGCGCAAAUGAAGGCUACACACGACCCCUUGAGAAGAUACUCUACCUAUCAUACGGUCGCACAGGAAAGAGGCGACAUGAAAUGCUGGCUGAAUUUCUAAGGCCCAGAGAAACCGGAAUCCCAGAGGACACCCAAGCAGCCCAAGAGCUUGUCUCUGCGCCACUUAAGUUCCAUGACGGCUGGCAACCUCCAGCAAUCGUGAGGAGCCUAGCCCUUUCUCAAAUGAGAAACCCUGUGAUUACAUCAACCCGAGUCAGACCUUUGAUUAAGGCUAUAUCUCCGCCAAUCCCCAAGGAGAAUAUCUGGGGCAAGGAAUUAGCCCAGUCUCGCAAGGUUAACAUUCGAAGACAGUGGUAUUUCGCCACGUUGAAUGGCCUGUUGCCACCAUUACCAGAAGAGGAUCUCCAGACGCUUGACGGGUUGGUGUCGGGAACAACACCCUGGAAACUUGUCAAGCGAAGAAAGGGAAUGAAUUCUGAGAACGGCGCCAAACCCGAAAGCACAAUCUUGAAAUUGCUGGUUCAGGGCCCUGAAAAGGAAAACACCUUUGCACCCUAUGCCAACGGUCGACCUCAUGCUCUCACAACUAGAUUUAUGCAUCGGUUGUGGAGACGUGUUUCUGCGCUUGUGCCUCGGCAGUCUUGGAACGAAACUUCACAAAAGUGGCGCUUCGAAUGGGAUACACCAAAACCGGUCCCCACGUUGUCCUAUAGCUUGGACAGUAGCAUCGACUCAGGAGCGUUCUUCAAAGAGCCCGCCCAGCCAGCUAGAAGAAAUGCCGCGACACCGCGUGGUGAUCAACCGCUGUCACAAUAA